GGGGGAGCGGCACACACUGCCGAGGGGCGCGCUGGGGACAGAGCGCGGAGAGGGGCUGGUGGGACGGGAGCAGGGACCUCCUGGUGACCAGGGUACUUUCUUCUUCAUGCAACUGUCCUGGGAGGAUCCGAUCAGGAUAUGGAUCCCAAGGGAGCGUGAGAUGCCAAGAUACAGAUGCUGAUCUGCCCGAGCCAGCUGGAAAGACAACCCUCGCCUGCUGCUUCACCGAAGCUAACACUGGGGAACACGUCCCACCGCCUGCCCAGCAUCCAUCCAUGGAGGGGAACCACAUGUCCCCACCUCCCGCACCACCUACACCGACCACCGAUGGAGACGACUCGUGCAGGAUAGAGGUCACCGACCUGGCCACAGACGGUGUCACGCUGCUCGUCUGCCUCUGCGGGCUGGUGGGGAACGGGGCCGUCCUAUGGCUCCUCGGCUUCCGCAUCCGCAGGAACCCCAUCACCGUCUACAUCCUCAACCUGGCCGUCGCCGACUUCACCUUCCUCCUCUUCAUGGUCACCUCGGCCCUCCUCUACAUGAUGCAGAACAUCUGCUCCACUGUUGUGUCCUUGAUGUACCUGAGGUCGCUUUUCCUGCUCUCGCUGUUCUCCUACAACAUGGGUCUGUACCUCCUGACGGCCAUCAGCAUCGAGAGGUGCGUGUCCAUCCUCUGCCCGCUCUGGUACCACUGCCGCCGUCCCCAGUGCUUGUCGGCCUUGGUGUGUGCCCUGCUCUGGGCCCUCUCCAUCGCCGUCAUUGCUGCAGUGACUUCUCUGUGCCUGUUGCACGAGCACGAGCACUGCCAGAUGGCUCUCAUCUCCAUGUACGUCCUCAACUUCCUCAUCUUUGCCCCACUCAUGGUCAUUUCUAGCACAAUUCUCUUCAUUAAGGUCCAGUGUGGAUCCCAGCAGCACCAACCCAAGAGGCUCUACAUUGCUGUCUUCCUCACAGUCCUCUUCUUCCUCCUCCUCGCUCUUCCCCUCAGCAUCUGGAAUUUCCUGCAGCAGUUCAACUACACCAACGUGCCCUCCCAGAUUGUUUUCCUGCUCGCCUGCAUCAACAGCAGCAUCAACCCCUUCAUCUAUUUCUUGGUGGGGAGCUGCUGGAGGCACUGCUCCUUGGUGUCCCUCCAGGUCGCCCUGCAGAGGGUCUUUGAGGGGCCGGAAGACAACAUGGCAUGCAGCAACAAUACUACGAUGGAUGCGCUGGCCCCAGCCUGUUGAAGCCUUUCCACCUCUCUGCUUAAGGCCCCUGGGACAGUGGCUGAGGGUUUCCUUGAGUAACCAGAUGAAUAAAUGUCUGCAGCAUUUCCCCCGCCGUCACGCUCUCGCGGAGUAAUUCUGCCCCCUGCAGAAGAGAAGAGCAGGGACAUCGCCGAGGUCCAUGCGGGGAGGGAUGCUCUGCGGGGAGCAUGCGGGAGCACGGCUUUCCUCCUCCCUGCCAGCCCACCGCACCUCCUACGGCACUAUUCCCCCAAGGGGAACGUGCCCCAGAGGACCGUGUUCCUGAAAAUCCCCUGCUUUUCGGGAUGGGCAUUGCCUUUGGGAAACUCUGACUCACGUUCGGGGUGGGGGAAAACCCGUUCGGUGUCCUAAGCCCCUCUCCCCAUCCCGUGUCCCAGCCUGUGCAGCCCCUCUGAGCUCUGCUCCCCUCUUGCCUCCCGCAAUGCCACGGGGGGGACCACUGCCCCUCACUAGGCUCUGCCGAGUCCCCCCAGCCGUCGUCCCCUCCCGCCGGUACCCGGUUCCUGUAUCUCACUGCUGCCUGACACCAAUAAACAGCAUCAUGCACCCCGA